UCAAAAUCUUUGAAUGUCUGUCAAAUUGACACCUCUUCAUUCCCCAUAUCCCAAUAAUCCAAUCCUUUCAUUACAGUUUACAUACACCCACCAAAACUAAAAAACCCUUGAACCAUUCACACAUUGACAACUAUGGCGGACACCAACAACAACCCAGCACUUGAACCCGAUUCAGACAACCCGGUACAUCUGGGUUUGGAGCUAGCCCUAUUCGGGGCUGGAUGUUUUUGGGGCGUAGAGUUGGCCUUUCAGAGGCUUGAAGGUGUUAUCAAAACCGAAGUUGGAUACUCCGGUGGUCAUAUUCCUGACCCAACUUACAAGCUUAUUUGCUCCGGAAAUACCAACCAUUCUGAAGUUGUUCGGGUUCAUUUUGACCCCAAUGUUUGUCCCUAUACGAAGCUUCUUGAUCUCUUUUGGUCUCGUCAUGAUCCUACCACUCUCAAUCGCCAGGCUGGUGAUGUAGGAACUCAGUAUCGAUCAGGGAUAUACUACUACAAUGAAAAUCAAGCACGUCUAGCUCAGGAAUCGAAGGAAGCCAAGCAGUUGGAGCUAAAAGACAGGAAGAUUGUAACCGAGAUUCUGCCAGCUAAGAGAUUUUACCGGGCUGAGGAAUAUCACCAGCAGUAUCUGGCAAAAGGUGGCCGUUUUGGUGAUAAACAGUCUGUUGAAAAGGGCUGCAAGGACCCCAUCAAAUGCUACGGCUAAUAGCAGAUAUCAUUCCGUGAACAAUAUAUAUCAUAAAUUUACUAAUUAUGUCUUCAAACUUGUUUUUAUGCUUGGUUUUACAACAAACAUUCUCUGGCCAAGCUCAUUGAGUUCUAUAUGAAUAAUACGCUGUAUAAGCAUACUUCUGAGAAAUCACAUGUAUCAGUAUUCAGUCAUAAUAUGAUGUUGUCAGAUAGUGUUGAAUAUAAUGAUUGAACAUUUUAUUUCGUCA